GGGCGGGCCGCCAGGUGAGCGCGCCCAGGCACUCCAAACGCGUCGCUGGCGGCCUUGCGUCCAGCCGGCGGACUUCGGGUCAUGGAGCCGCGCGCGAGGGGCGCCACGGACCCUAGGGGGAGCAGAGGAGCAGGGCACAGUAACAUGCACACAGUAGGUAAUUAAUAAAUACUUGUUGAUCUCCGAGGAAGGAAUACCUGCAAGAAUGUAUUGACUUCUGCCCCACCUACCUCACCCAAGAACUACAUUUCCCUUUACGCUUGGCGCGACGCGCUCCUGUGAAGUAAAAAGAGCGACAAUUACUUUCUAAGGCCCCUUUUUCAACUUCGCGGCUGAUACCGCAGUGUUCUGUGGGAAAGGUAGUUCUAGCGCUCGUCCUCUGGCCGUGGUCAAAUUGAGCGCAAACUAAACUUUCCAGCAAGCAACGCACUAGCCUGGGAAAGGGGGGCAAGAUGGCGGAUGCCGAAGAGGACGCUCUGCGACGGUCGGGAUCCUCCGCUGCCCCAAUUUCAUUCAGUUUCAGUCGCACAUCUGCCCGGAGACGGCUGGCAGACGACGCGGGUGCGGCUCCAGAGGAGAAGGAUUUCUUAAAGACCGUGGAAGGGAGGGAGCUGCAAAGUGUGAAGCCCUCAGAAACCCCCAAGGAACUCGUCAUCCCUUUGAUCAAGAAUGGCCGUCGCAGGCAGCCACCGACCCAUGCUCCUGGGCCAUCCACAAAUACUGAGACCUUGGUGGAUGGAGUGCUGUCCCAGGCUGUGAAGGAGCUCAUUGAGGACUCCAAGAAGUCCCUGGAGGAGAGAGAGAAUUCGGGUGUCGACCCCACGCUUGCUAUCCCCAUGAUCCAGAAAGGAUGCAUCCCUAACGGGGAAAGGGCAGACAGCGAGCCCCGGGCUGAGACAGUGCCGGAGGAAGCUGAUUACGAGGCAGUCCCCGUAGAGGCCUAUGGGCUGGCCAUGUUACGAGGCAUGGGCUGGAAACCUGGCGAGGGCAUUGGCCGCACCUUCAAUCAAGUGGUGAAGCCCCGUGUCAACUCACUGAGGCCGAAGGGGUUAGGGUUGGGCGCCAGCCUGAAUGAGGUCCAGGCCCUGGUCUUCACUGGCACCCACCACCUACCAAAGCCAGAUGAGAAGCAAGAGAAAAAUAAGGAAGACCAGCCUCAAGGACUGGUGCCUGGAGGGGCUGUGGUGGUUCUCUCUGGCCCUCACCGAGGCCUCUAUGGGAAGGUAGAAGGCCUUGAUCCUGACAAUGUCCGGGCCAUGGUUCGCCUGGCCGUGGGGAACCGCAUGGUGACAGUUAGUGAGUACUGCCUGCGGCCUGUCUCCCAGCAGGAGUUUGAGAAGAACUCCUUGGAUCUCAGCCAGAUGAACAAAAUUUCCCCAGGACAACAGAACGGAACAGCCUCGUCAUCAUGGAAGGCCCUCCAGGAUCAGGAGCUCCCCGGCCGGCGGGAAGACUCAGAGAGGAAGCGGAAACACUUUCCCAACCGAGAGGGGGAGCCUGUAGCCAAGACUGAGAAGGUCGGUUCCCGGAGCCAGCACUGGUUGCACAGGGACCUGCGUGUGCGCUUUGUGGACAAGCAGCACAAGGGUGGCCAGUAUUACAACACCAAGAUGACGAUUGAAGAUGUCCUCAGCCCAGAUACCUGUGUGUGUCGAACAGAGGAAGGCCGGAUCCUGGAAGGCGUGAAGGAAGGCAUGCUGGAGACCCUCGUCCCCAAGGUCGAGGGCAACCGGGUGAUGGUGGUGCUGGGGCCACAGGCUGGAAGGGUGGGCCGUCUGCUGGGCUGGGACAGAGAACGGAACCAGGCCCUGGUGCAGCUGCGGAGAGAGAAUCAGCUGGUGGAGCUUCACUAUGAUGCUGUCUGCCAGUACACGGGCCCCAAUGACUCAGACGAAGACUGACCUGCAGCCCCACCCCCGGGCUGCUGCCAGCACUGUACAGUGUGCAAAGCCUGUCUUCGCAGAGGUGGGGAGGUUGUCAUUCUGCCAUCUGCUUGCACUACAGCUCCAGGACAAGGACAGGGACAGGGCAUGAAACAGAUGGACCAGAAGGGAGGCUCGAAACCGGCCGAGACUUUUCCAGAAGUUAGCAUGUAAUAAAAAUCAUUUCCCAAACUUAGCAGAAUGAUGAGAUCGUAAAUGUGUGCUAAGCUGAGUGGAAGCGGGAGCUGGGCUGACUGCUGUGGGAGCCAUGCAGGGCUUCAGCCCCACCACCCUGUGGGGCUGACAGACAAGCCAAAGGAUCUGCCUGCCCACGAGCUCAUUCUCAGAACACCGAAGCUAUGAAGUGUGUCCCUUGAGCAGAUACUAAGGAGUCUGGAAUGCCGCGUCUCUGCACAGCUUUCCAAGUGAGAAUCCCAGCGGUGGCUCUGCUUUUACUCUUGGUCCAGAUCAGAUGUCCAGAGGCUAUCUUGAGCCUGUGACAAGAGAGUCCAGAGGAAAGGGAGGCUUCUACCCACAAAUAGGAUGUGUUUGCUCUACCUCUGAGAGCAGCCAGUUAACUUUGGGGCCCCCAUUUUAGUCCCCAAACUUUGGCUUGAUGGUAAAAAAUGUUGUGUGUCCUGGGUAAAACUUCUCUGAUUCCUCCAGGUAACUGGACUCUGAGAAAAGUUAUUAUUAGACAAUCCUUCAACUUUUUCCUGUUUAACAGGCUGAGAUAGAAAAGCAGCAAGGGAAGCCAGAACUUUAGGUACAGUUGCUUCUAAAUCACCCCCGAUCACUAAGUUGAUGUAAUAAAUGGCGUUGGAAUUAGAUCUACGUUACUGGUAUAAACUCACGACAGGUCAGAACAUGGCACAGCACUGGAGAAUUUUUUUUUUAAUAAUUGAAUUAUCACAUUAAAGUUCUUACAACUCUUU